CCUUCUCCGGGUCCUGACCAGGCAUCCGGCUCUUUGUCCUCUGUACCUGCGUCGCUUCCUCUUGCAAAUAACUGGGAUGUGGGUCCUGUGGGGUGUUUGGAGAAUGUCUUGUGCAUCGUCGUUGUUGUAGAAAAAAGUCUUUGUCUACUCCGAGGUGAGUGAUCGCUGUCCUGAUAUCCAGAAGCUCUUUUCUGUUGUAAGUUGCAGAAACAUUAUGCAGUUGCAGAAACAUUAUGUACAAAAUAAGUUACAAAUAAAGCGGGGGAAAAAUGAUUAUAGCACAAUUGGUUGGGCGCCCGUAAAACUGCUGCCAUUUCUUCCAGCGCCAUUUUGAACAGUAUGUAUACAGUAUCCAUAUUACCACUGUAUCAGGAAGUAUACAGUAUCAGUAUGUAUGCAGUAUCAAUAUUACCACUGCAUCAGGAAGUAUACAGUAUCAGUAUGUAUGCAGUAUCAAUAUUACCACUGCAUCAGGAAGUAUACAGUAUCAGUAUGUAUGCAGUAUCAAUAUUACCACUGCAUCAGGAAGUAUACAGUAUCAGUAUGUAUGCAGUAUCAAUAUUACCACUGCAUCAGGAAUUAUACAGUGUCGGUAUGUAUACAGUAUCAAUAUUACCGCUGUAUCAGGAUGUAUACAGUAUCAGUAUUACCGCUGUAUCAGGAAGUGUACAGGAUCAGUAUGUAUACAGUAUCAAUAUUACCACUGCAUCAGGAAGUGUACAGGAUCAGUAUGUAUACAGUAUCAAUAUUACCACUGCAUCAGGAAGUGUACAGGAUCAGUAUGUAUACAGUAUCAAUAUUACCACUGCAUCAGGAAGUAUACAGUAUCGGUAUGUAUGCAGUAUCAAUAUUACCACUGCAUCAGGAAGUAUACAGUAUCAGUAUGUAUGCAGUAUCAAUAUUACCACUGCAUCAGGAAGUAUACAGUAUCAGUAUGUAUGCAGUAUCAAUAUUACCACUGCAUCAGGAAGUAUACAGUAUCAGUAUGUAUGCAGUAUCAAUAUUACCACUGCAUCAGGAAUUAUACAGUGUCGGUAUGUAUACAGUAUCAAUAUUACCGCUGUAUCAGGAUGUAUACAGUAUCAGUAUUACCGCUGUAUCAGGAAGUGUACAGGAUCAGUAUGUAUACAGUAUCAAUAUUACCACUGCAUCAGGAAGUGUACAGGAUCAGUAUGUAUACAGUAUCAAUAUUACCGCUGUAUACAGUAUCAGUAUGUCUGCAGUAUCGAUAUUACCGCUGUAUCAGGAAGUAUACAGUAUCAGUAUGUAUACAGUAUCAAUAUUACCACUAUCAGGAAGUAUACACUAUCAGUAUGUAUACAGUAUCAAUAUUACCGCAGUAUCAGGAAGUAUAAAGUAUCAGUAUGUAUACAGUAUUAGUAUUACCACCGUAUCAGUAUGUACACAGUAUCAGUAUUACCGCUGUAUCAGGAAGUAUACAGUAUCAGUAUGUAUACAGUAUCAAUAUUACCGCAGUAUCAGGAAGUAUACUGUAUCAGUAUGUAUACAGUAUCAAUAUUACCGCUGUAUCAGUAUGUAUACAGUAUCAAUAUUACCGCUGUAUCAGGAUGUAUACAGUAUCAGUAUUACUGCUGUAUAGGGAAUUAUACAGUAUCAGUAUGUAUACAGUAUCAAUAUUACCGCUGUAUCAGGAAGUAUACAGUAUCAGUAUGUAUACAGUAUCAGUAUUACCGCUGUAUCGGGAAGUAUACCGUAUCAGUAUGUAUACAGUAUCAAAUUACCACUGUAUCGGGAAGUAUACUGUAUCAGUAUGUAUGCAGUAUCAAUAUUACCGCUGUAUUUGGAAGUAUACUGUAUCAGUAAGGCUGAAUCACAUCCGGCCGUGUUUGGGAGUCCCAUAUGGCGGCGAACAAUUGGCCCAGCGUUGGGGUAGGGUGUGAUUGUAAAUAAGAAUUUGUUCUUAACUGACUUGCCUAGUUAAAUAAAGGGUAAAUAAAAAUAUAAUAAAACAUGCAGUAGGGUCUAACAACAUGGUAAUAUUUUGUGUUUUAUUAUUCAUAUGUCUUGAAGCUUAUUGGUUGCUACACUAAUCAACAGCGUAGUAUGAUUUCUUCCAUUUUUAGUUUUGGUUGUUUAAUUGUUUGCCUUCCUCAUAUUCUGAUGAACUAUGUGAGAGCUUCUAUUG